AUGGCUUCUGCACAAUUUCAAAUUUUAUCUAUUCUCUGUCGAAUAUCACGUCAAGCUGUAAUCGAUGCUCUCAAAGAAUAUGCUACAAUGACAAUAUUAUCGCCAAGUGCAUUAUCACGUGAUGUAGUCAGCACAUAUAUAGGCACGUCUAUUGAACAAUUCCAGAAAAUAACACUUGACAAUUUCCGUGCACAGAUUCAUUUUAUAGUAUCUCUUCUUACAGAACAUCGUUUUAUAUCUGCAUUAAGAACAAAUUUCUAUACGAGAGGUGAUCUUGGUAGCAAUAAUUUUGUAACUUUUCCUGUCAUUUAUCCUCAACAAGUCGAUUCAACUCAAUCGUCAUCGAUAUUAAAUGAAACAUGUCAAUGUGAUCGUACAAAUAAUUGUAUUUAUCCUGCUGGUAUUUAUAAUCAAUCACGAUCUAUCACUCCAAAUGAAGUCUUUUCACUUGAUGCAUCACCUCUAUUCAUGAUACCAGGAUUUCAAGUUGGAUGUGUACCACAAAAUGCGUUGUUUCAAUCAACAUUGGAAUGCUUUUACAACCAAACAUGUUUAGAUAUUGUGAUUUCGUUGACUGGUGCUCUUCGUACUGUCUCACCUCUAAAUAUUUCAAACUCUAAUUCACGAUUUAGUCCAACAACUACAAUUGCUGUUCUUUUUGAUAAUCUAAUGAUUGAGUCUUGGGAGGACUCUAUUGAUUUUUCUACUUAUUUUCAAAUUUGUGCACCUAAAAUCUGUUCAUAUUCAUAUGUAGAACGGUUUUUUCUCAUUUACAUAAUUACAACCAUAGUUAGUAUCUUUGGUGGAAUUCGCGUGGCAUUACAUAUAGCAUCUCCAUUGUUUGUCAAAUUCAUUUUAUAUUUAUGUCGCCGAUGGGUUUCAGUGCAAGAAACUGAAGAAAGAUAUGAACCAAAAAGAAAUUUGCAAGAUCGUAUAUGGAAUUCCCUUAAACAAAUUCGUCACAAAAUUAUUACAUUGAAUUUAUUCAAGAAAACUUUAACCAAUGUUCAACAUGGUGUUUAUUCUACACGGGUCUAUAUCAUAUUGUUGAUGUUGGGUAUUUACAUUUUGACCGUUUACUCUACAUCAAUAGUUAGUUCACAACAAAUCAUUGCCAGAUAUCCAAGUAUCGAUCAAUUUGAACAUCUUCACGACACGUAUUCAUCGAUUCUAUCAUGUCCAUGUCGUAAUUCAUCAAUACCACGUUCGAAAUUCAUAUCCAUUGAAGUAAAAAUUCAUCCAUUUUGUACAAGUAAUUUUGUUCGUGAUGAUCGUUGGUUCCAAUAUUGGACAAUGAAAUUUCUCAAUGGUAGCAUCGAUCCUACUCCAUCAUUUUAUUACAAUGAUUUUCAAUGUUUUUACGAUGAAUCUUGUGUUCAGAUGCUAAUUGAUCAGCGUCUUUGUGGUAAUAAAAAUAUCUAUUUACCAAUAGAUUUGAGUAAUAUAACAGCGCUUGAUCCAAAUACUUUAAUCAAUUUUACUCCUCAAGAGUCAUUAGAAUAUUUAAUACGUAGUUCUCUUGUUAAUCAAUUGAUUUAUACAGCAAAUUAUACAUUGUACUAUGCCGAAUGUCAGCCAGAAAUAUGUACUUAUACAAUAGAUCAGAAAUUACAUGCUAUUGCUCGUAUUAACUUAGUUAUUGGUCUGAUUGGUGGACUAACUAUUCUACUUCGUAUCUUAGUUCCAUCAUUCAUCAAAAUUAUCCAUUUGUUUUAUCGUUUCUGCUAUCAGCAAACACGAGAUGUUCCUUUACGUUGGAGAAUGAUUUUUAUCUAUAGUCGAGAUAAACUUUAUCUCAUGAAUGUCUCAUCAUAUGAUAUUCGGCUUAACGGGCCAAUAUUACAUACAAAUUCAUCAGUCAUCGCACUUAUUGUUGAUUAA